AUGGAUCUCCAACACGCGUCUUCAGCUAAACGCAAGCGUACAUGCUGGACUUUGUGGUUACAGCACCACAAGGAGAAGUGUCCUUUCAUCAAUGAUCUGAGCCACCUCUCACCUGAUAUCGAGUUUUUGGAGCUAUUGUUCGCUGGAAGCCAUAGUUAUCUCUUCAAAGUACAGCUUGGGGGCGAAAUAUAUACUCUCAAAUUGUACAACCUGACACAACCUGACUGGUCAGAAUCACGGUUUGAAAGAAAUGCGUGGGAGAAGGAUCCCUUCAUUGUUGAAUGUCAAGUGUACGAUUUCUUGAUCGAGAACGAGCUGGGCGGGGUGGUUGGGCCUUGCUGCUACGGCUGGCUCGUGCUUGAUAAAACCCAGGAACAAUGUUUGGAAUGGAAGUUUUCCAAACCCCUAGAAUGGCGGCGGAGGGCGGAUACAACAGGAGACCCUAUUCGUGGACUAUUGCUCGAAUACAUUGAUGGAUGUACCAUUGACAAGGCUAGAGUUACAGCCGCGGGAGCCCGGAGUUUGCGAGAUCAGCUUGAUCACCUACACAACAUGGACAUUGCGCAUGGCGACCUGUUUCCACGAAAUAUUAUGGGAUCAAAUGAUGGCCGUGCGUUUCUUGUUGAUUUCAGCUCAGCAAAGUUAUUUCCUCACAGUUCUUUUAUGUUACGCAAAAGAGAAGACUUUCUAGACUACACUCGAGGUGAGAAAUGCGUGCUUGAGCUACUUUUGUUUCGGCUUCAGCAGGUAAAGCCCUUCCCCCUUGAUUCAUGUGAGUUUUUAGCUUAUGCAAACCAGUUAGAACGGCACCAAGGCAUGGCAUUUUGUACAGCCCAGAGCGAGGAACAAGCAUAUGGUCGCCCAGUGUGUUCCUGGGCAAGUGCGAAUUACGCUGUGGUUGAGUCUCUACCUGAUGAGUCAUGA